AAGGUCGCCAAACGGAAACCCAAAGGGAUUGUGGACAGUAUUUCAGUAGUGUCAGCGAAUCGCCUCUGAGCGAACACUGUGCUGAUAUCUGCUUGUCCUACAUCUGGAUAUUAGUACGCUAUCUGGACUGCAUUGCCUUGUGCUCUUUCACAACUAGAUAUAUCUUGAAGGCUGUCAAGUUGUAUAACCAUUGAAUGAGGUGUACACAUUAAGGAAUGUUGGAGAUCGGAGAUGGGAUUGUUUUUUUCUCGGUGGUGUUCGUCGUGGUUCUCCUCGUAACCAGGAGUGCCAUUUGUGCCACCGGCUUGACAGCAUCACUCUACAUCUUGCUAUUAAUAUUCCGGUACCCUCAGGUCCCCCGGAGUCGGGUGGGACAGGUGUUACGGCCCAGUAAGACGGUCAAAACCGGCGGCGUCUCUGUGGUGGCUCACCGGGGUGGUGGGUACGAUGCUCCGGAGAACACACUUGCGGCGAUCCGGGAGGCCAGUCAGAACGGGGCGACGGGAGUGGAACUGGACCUGGAGUUCACGGCCGACGGUGUUCCGGUGCUGAUGCACGACGAGACCGUGGACCGGACCACCAACGGAUCCGGAGCGCUGAGCAACAUCCACUUCGCAGAGCUCAGCAAGCUGGACGCCUCAGCCAAUCACAGGCUCAAGGAGAGGUUUCGAGGGGAGAAGGUCCCCACUCUGCAGGAGGCCGUGGAGGAGUGUCUCAGACAUCAGCUGACCAUUUACUUUGAUGUCAAAGGUCACGCAGAGGAGGCAGCUGCAGCUCUGAAGAAGAUCUACAGGAAGCACCCGGUUCUCUACAACAGCAGCAUCGUCUGCUCCUUUGAGCCCAAUGUCAUCUACAAGAUGCGGCAGGCGGACCCGGAGGUGGUGACGGCGCUGACGCACCGGCCGUGGAGCCUGAGUCACCUGGGCGACGGCACACCCCGCUCCUCGUCGCCGUGGAAACGGCACUUGAUGCAGGUGCUGGACGUGGUGCUGGACUGGGCCCAUCACCACCUACUGUGGAACCUGUGUGGAGUGUCGGCCUUCCUGCUGCAGAAGAACUACAUCUCCCCGGACACUGUGCAGUACUGGGCAAAGAGAGGGGUGGAGGUGGUGAGCUGGACCGUUAACACAGAGGUGGAGAAGGAGUACCACCAGCGCCUGCUGAACAUCAGCUACAUAACCGACAGCCUGAGAGAGGACUGUGAGCCGCAUUACUGACUGAAGAAAUUUACAGGGAACGCACACACACACACACUCGUGAAUGUACGCACACACACGCACACACACACAGUUUUCCUUUCUGAGCAUGAAGAAGGGAUUUUAAGAAAACCCCAAAGUCCAAAAUAUUGCGAUUGCUGAAGUUUAAUUGCUAUAAUUUUACUUUACUAAAGAUCAAAAGAGAAGAGUAAAUGAAAACGGAUUGGAAUGAAUCGGGCCCAGCCUCCUGCGUGCCAAAACCCCUUUGACAAGUGCCGAGUUCAUGACGUCAUCACAGCCGUGUACCAUUAUCUACAGUGCUUAAAAGUUGUUACAGAGCACAGCAUAUUGCAUUGGGAGAGAUCCCACGUCAAGUCAAAGACACGCACACGUUCAUGAUUAUAGCAGUAGGCCACACACACCCACAACCGUACCCAUUCAGAAGCACAUAACACUCAAUUUUAUAGGACUUCCCAAAGCCAAAACCCCCAUCCAUUUUCACUGUAUCUCACACAAUUCAAAUGGAAAAUGGUAAAUGGACUGCAUUUAUAUAGCGCUUUACAAUUGAUGCCUCUCAUUCACCAGAGCAGUUAGGGGUUAGGUCCCAGGGCUGGGAUCGAACUGGCAACCCUCCGACUGCCAGACAACCUCUCUUACCUCCUGAGCUAUGUCACCCCCAAUCUCACUUUCUGAAAUCUACAGGAAAUAAUGGGGUUUUUUUUCACCCAUACGUGAAUAUUUAUUGGCUGCUGCCCAUCAUGUCACCUGUCUAGUACGGACAGGGGGGUUUCAAUCAGGUUCCAAAACAAAACCACACUUUGCCUUUUGCCUCUGGUUUCUUCUUUAAAGAGGGAGUUUAAUGGAUACGGUAUAGCGCCGAUAUUUACCUCAGAACUGUUACUAUAGUGUAAUGGAACCAUUUAGUUACCCUUUACUUGAACUCUGCUAUAAAGCCUGCAUUAUACUGUCAACUGGCAUGAGUAGUCUUAACAGCACAUUACAGCUCAUAAUAGAUGUCAUAGCCAUGUAUGCAGUGGCCAUUUUGUAAAAGUUUUGUAUAUUUACUGUGUAACUAUGGCAGGAAAUUUAUCUUGAGCUGUAAUACAUUUUUAUGCCAGGUUAUGACAGGUAAUGCAUCCUACGCCUGCCUAAGUGACUGAAAUAAUCUAAUGAAUGUCUUUCUCAACAUGUACCCUCCUCACUUCCCUAACAAUUAUAUCACCAAAUUUACACUGAUUCUACAGACUGAAACUGUCCUACUUAGUUUUAAAAUGUGCUUUUCCAAUGUCCUUUUAAUUAUUUAUUUUGUCUCAUUCUUGUAUGUUAGGUUAACAAAUUAAGUGGUCAGAAAUUGGUCAUUAUGUAAGAGGUAUGUGUAAUGAGGUAUGUUUCUAUUUUAUAGUCAAUAAAGGAAUAAAAAAAACAUUA